AAAAAAAUCAUAUUCAUAGGUGGGAAAAAAAAGGGCAGAUUUUUCAGAUAGUAUGUGCAUGGAGACUACUAUUUCUAAUACGGUAAACAAGUCCGUUUUCUCAAAAUUAAAGAACAAAAUUUCAUCGAAAAAGCCACCGAUAGUAAUCGACGAUACUACUAUUAGUCGUAAUAAUACUCUUUCCAUGAGUAUAAUUACUACUGGUAGUAGUGAAAAUAGCGAGCGAUUGGAGAGGGUAUUUACGUACUUUGAUGAGGAUGGAGAUGGAAAAGUGUCGCCAGCGGAGCUACGGAAGUGCGUGAGGGCGGUAGGCGGUGAUCUGACGACGGAGGAGGCGGAGAUGGCGGUGAGGCUAUCGGAUUCGGACAGGGACGGAAUGUUAGGGUUAGAGGAUUUUAGUAAAUUAAUGGAAUUAGGAGAAAAGGAUGAUAAAGAGAGUGAGUUGAGAGGAGCAUUUGAGAUGUAUGAAAUGGAAGGAAGUGGCCAAAUUACCCCCAAGAGUUUGAAGAGGAUGUUGAGUAGACUUGGUGAGUCUAAAUCUAUUGAUAAUUGCAAAGCUAUGAUUCAAAGAUUUGAUCUUGAUGGUGAUGGAGUUCUUAGCUUUGAUGAGUUCAAAGUUAUGAUGAAUAGUUCUUAAAAUGGAGAAUUUUUUAAAUUUAGAAGAAAAUUAAGUACAUCAAGUGUGUGUAUAUAUAUAUAUGAUUCUUUGAUCUUUUCUUGGUUAAAGAGUUUCACGUCAGAUGAAGAAAGAAUGAGUUAAGUUAGGUCCAAAUUUUAUAACAUGAUAACAAAGCAAGAUGCGU